CGGAGGAACACACGACCGAGAAAUGUGCUGCAGAACCGCAGAAGCCAUUUUGAGACGAUGUGCCUGUUGAGAAAACCCGUGAAGAUGCUGAAUCCAACGGGCACGGUUACAUUUCUGUCUGUUCCUCCCUCCGUCUCCUCUAUUGCACUACGGCAGCUGUCAACCGACGGGACAUUAGCAAAGCGGGGUACCGAGCUGUGCUCACUGAGUUAAAACGCCAUUUGAUAUGAGAGAGGAGGGUGUCUGUUCACUGUCUCUGUCGAGACAUGUAACACCGUGAGUUUUUUUCCAGUCUGAAAUCUUCUUCAGCGUCUCUCUCACAACAACAACAACAACAACAACAAACCAACUCGUCCGAGUGACUUGAGGCAGCUCCGUGUUCCAAUGGCUUCUGUGAGCCUUGUCUCCAGUCCCCCUGCCCCCGUUCUUGACAAAAACAUGACAGACUCUGAGCGUGCAGGGGAGGAAAGAGAGGACGGUGAACUAGAAGAUGGAGAAAUUGAUGAUGAAGGGAUUGGAAUUGAGGAGGAAAACAAAGAGGCCACUGAGGUGAGUGAAGAGAAAGAGAGGGAGAAGGAGAAAGAGAAAGCCAAAGAGAAAGAAGAGAAGGCUCACAGGCACUCCCGGAAAAGAUACAAAAAGACCAGAGAGAAGAGGAGGUCCAAAAGGAGGAGACGUGACAGGCAGAAACACCACUCCCCCUCCAGCAGCUCCAGCUCGGACAGCUAUGACUCCGACUACGAUCGACCAGAAAGGCCCAAAAACAGGAAGAGCCAGGGACCUAGCCGCGAGUCUGACGGCCAGCCCUCUCAGCAUGGACGGGAGUCGAAGGGAGGCCACAGCAACUCACAGAAGUCUCCGCCGCACAAGGGCUGCGAUUUCGACAAAUACAGCGAAUACAGCGACGACUAUGAUGAAGAGGAAGACGAUUAUGACGACGACAUGUCCGAGUAUCACCCGUCGAAAGGUUCAGCAUCCCCGAGUCAGGGCAGGGGGCGCCAUGCUAAAGACCAGAUGAUGAGGAGAGGCAGUAUGAGGGGGAUGAAGCACCAACAGUUCGGUCAGAGGGGAAGAGGCAGAGGGAGCGGACCAGGCAGGGGACGGGGGAUGCUCAACAAGAACAAGAAGCUGAAGGGCAAACCCUGGGGGGGACGUGGACGCGGUCGAGGGGGAGAUCUGGGAAUGGACGACAUGGCAAGUGAAGGGAAGAAUUGUGGUUUUCAGAAGAAACGGCCAAUCAUGAGCAAGGAGUUCAUCAGUCAGCACACAGUGGAACACAACGGGAGAUACAUCUGCAAGUAUUUCCUGGAGGGCCGGUGUAUCAAGGGGGAACAGUGCAAGUUUGAACACGAGCUCGUCGUGCCAGAUAAGAAAAAGGAACUUUGUAAAUUUUACCUCCAAGGAUACUGCAGUAAAGGAGACAACUGCAUUUACAUGCACAAUGAAUACCCGUGCAAGUUCUUUCAUACAGGAGCCAAAUGUUAUCAAGGGGACAACUGCAAAUUCUCCCACGAAGCCCUGAAUGAUGUGACUAAAGAGUUGCUUGAUAAGAUAAUCAACACUGAAGAGGAAAACGCCCGCGAGGACGAACUGGAGCUGGAGGAUCUGCGAAAGCAGGGUAUCGCCCCACUUCCAAAGCCUCCCCCCGGCGUGGGUUUGCUGCCCACUCCUGGGCAGAGCAGUCCGACAGAUGCGGGAAAGAAGAUCCCCUCUCUGUUUGAAAUCAAGGUUCAACCUACCGUCGACUUGGCGCAAAAGAUUAGCCUGAGCGGAUCCAACUACUCGCAGAAUCAGGGCGAAGAGGACACGCAGAGCGGAGGCAUGGUGCCUCCCAACCCAUCCGCUCCUCCUAUUCCUCCCCCCGGAUCACCCGGUCCCAUGGGUCACCCCACAGGACCACCUAUGCCACAGAGCCCCCCAGGACUGCAACCACCACACGGAUUCCCAAUGCCGCCACCAGUCACCUCUGGUCCACCGCCACCCUUCCACGGAAACCGACCGAACCUCAACCCCCAGGGGAAUUUGCAGAGGCCUCCGUUCUCUGCUAUGCCAGAUCUACAGAUGCUGCAGAGUCUCUUCCCGUUUCCAUCGUUGAGUCAGAACCAGGCGGAAUUCUUUGGAGGCUACCUCCAAAACCAGGCCAUGGGUCAACAAGGAGUGGACCCUGGUCAGGCCUUCAUACAGAACCUCCAGCAGCAGAUGGGUGCAGAGUCACAGUUGCAGUCUUUACCACCAGCAGUACAGAAAGCCAUCUUCCUACACCUGACGCAGCCACAGGGGAGCGAGCCACAGCAGGCAGAGGUUCAGGAUGAGAACAGCACAAACAGAGAUGAAACUACAAACUGGUACUCGAGCGAUGAGGAGGACGGGAGCUGCGUCGCCUCCAUCCUUAAAACUCUGAAAAAGCAGCAUGAGAUGCAGCAGUCUCAGUCCAAGCCCCCACAGGCAGCCCCAGUGCCGGGAGACCCUCGGCUUGUAAAGGAGAGGGCCCCGCCCAGUGAUCCGCGCGUGAAGGCGGACCCUCGACAGCGACCCCCUGAUGUGAAAAAAGAUCCGGACGGAGCUUCGGAUCCACGUCUCUCCAGGGACCCCAGGAAGGUGAGACCAAUGGACAAAGGUUCCUACCGCCAGCAGAGCAACCCUGUUCCCCACAAGCCUCCCACAGGAGAGGAGGACGACGAGGGGGAGAGGGAGCUCAGGGACAGAGCUGUCGUCGUCCCUCUGGAUACCAGCCCUGGUGUGGUCCUGCGGGACCCUCGCUGCCAGUUGAAGCAGUUUAGCCACAUCCGGGUGGACAUUCUGCUCCAGCGGCCUGCCUUCGCUCAGUCAGUGGUUUGGGCCCCUGAAGACCUCAUCCCUUCCCUGGUACCCAAACAGGAACACUCCAUCAACCUUCCUCUGCCACCCCUCAUCGCCGAUGCUCAGAUGAACAGAACGAGCCUGCCCGACCACCCCCCGGUCUCCAGCCCCCCACUAUCAGACCCCAGACUGAUAGCUGCACGUUUGAAGGAACGUAUGAAUCGAUCCUCUGAGUCUCGAUCCUCCGUUGAGAGACCUGCAGACCCGCGCCAGCAAAAAACUCUGGACCCCAGACUCAAGCGUACAGGAAGUCUGGACUCAAAGCUGCUGGUUCAGAAAGAGCCCUCCUCUGGGGGAGGAGUUGUGGACCCCAGGCUGCAGAAGGCCAGCUCCAGCUCCUCUCAUCAAGUUGCUCUUGCCAAGCCAGAGCCUGAGCGGCUGCCGCCAUACGCACCUCGUCUGGCAUCUACCGGUGGAGGGAUGGAGAGUCCCACCACAAUCCUUGGGGGCAUCAGUCUGUAUGAUCCUCGCGCUCAAACGGAGCAGGCUCAGAAGGAACAAGUAGAGUCGCCUAAAAAGGCCGGGAUUCUGAAAAACCCUGCUAAGAGAGACAGCGCUCCGCCUCAGUCACUCUCACCAACCCAACGAAGUGGCUCUUUCGAAGAGGUCCCGAGCAAGGUCCCUUCCUCAGAGCAGUCGCCACCUUCCAGCUCUGCCGCAGUUCCUCCCGCCUCACCUGCCAAACCUCCUGCAGUUCAUAAUCUCCCCAUCCAGGCAUUGGCCGGACUGAUCCGACCCCAGUACACUGACCCCAGACAGGCCAAACAGGCAGGGCAGGGCUCCGCAGUAGCACAGGAAGAGGCCGAGCUCAAGAAGGAGAAGGAGCAGGAAGAGGAGGAGGAGGAGGAGGAGGCUUCGAAGGAAGAACAGAAACGGGAGGAUCUAGAGGAGGAAACAGACGACAGGACACUCAAAGAUGUCUUCAAGACUUUCGAUCCCACUGCUUCCCCUUUCUGUCAGUGAACACUCCAGUUUGGAAAAUAUGGAAGAGUUGCAUACAAUUUGUAUAUCAAUGGGACACGUCUAUUAAUCUUUAUUUAGCUUUACACAAAUCUAUUUAUUUCUGUACAUAAAUGAUAAUGUAAAGAAUCACAUCUUAUCUAGUGCACCACACGUCUGUCAGUAUGGAGACAAUGCCGGACAUGUGCACAGACGCAGUGUAUAGUUCCUUUUAACAAAGUCCUAUUCAUGCUGUGUGUUUUGAAAUGUGUAUGGUAUUGUCUUUUGAUCACGUUUGUUCUAAACAUUUAGAAAAAAGGGAAUCGGGUUGACUUGUUUAGUUUUCUCUAAGGACUGAACCAUAUGUUGAUCACUAAACUUUGGGUUGGCUCCAGGCAUUACACCAUGUAGAUUAGAUGAAUCCAUUCUCUCUAAAUAUUUAUUGCAGGACACUUCAGUAUUAUGAGGUCCAUGUCCACGCUCACUUGUAUGAUAAGGAAUUCUUUUUUCAUAAUGAAUCAACGGAUGAUUUCCAUUCUUUGACCACACACGCCCUGGAGCGAUGACUGAUCGAUGCUCCCUUUUACAGUUUUUCAAUUUAAGUGUCUAUAAUGAAGCGAGUUCUUUCAGAGUUCUUUGUGCAACAUGUUUUAAUAGACAGUUCCCUGUUUAACUGAGAAGAAAUCUGUCGUUUUGCAACAUUGCAGCCUGUUCAUUUUCAAGUUUUGUACAUUGUUGGAACUUGAACAUUGUCAUUUUAAAAGGCCUAAAUGCUUUCAGGACAUUACUGCUGUGGCCUUUUGUAAACUCACUAACCUAGUACUAUUGACAGUUAAUGGAAUAAAUUAAUAUCGGUUACUUAAUUUGAUUGAUCAUUUUCAUUCCUCAGACCACCCACUGCUUUGACAAGCUUGUAAGUCGCUAUUAAAAUGUCUUUCACUUCUUUAAAAAAAAAAAUCAAAAUUCAGCAAAGAAAUAAUUCCAUGUGUAUUAUACAAAAAUACUGUUAUGUGUAUAUGUGUUAUAAAUAUGACAGUUAUGACUACUUUCACUGUUGAAUUUUUUCGGGGGUUGACUGUAGAUGAACUCUAUGGUACAAUGUGUGUUACUGAGGUUGAAUGUUGUAGACCUGAGGUGGCAUAUCAUUUGGAAGAUUGUUUUGAUCGGCGUUCCUGUGUCUGUGAAGGUGAGCUUGUCGUUUGGUUGAAACUGAGCUAUUUACUCUUUUUUUAUUGUUUUCAUAAUUCACAUUGUAAAUGCCUAUUUUGUAUCACGUAUAAAGUGCAGUUUUCUGAGUGGUCUAAUGAAAAAUGCUUUUUUUCUUCCUGUCAGUAUGGUGGCUAUGAUAAUACUGUAUGACAUUUUAACAACACGUAUGCCUGUCACAUUUAAGUGAAUUUUGUUAUGAAUGUCUGAAAUAAAAAGAGAUAAAACAUCAAAAA